UUAAGCGCGCGCCGUCGCUCGUCCCCACUCACAGUGGUCAAGACAGGCAGCGGCUUCUCACAAACGAGGACAAGACCAAAGAAGGCAUCAUGGUUAAAGUCGGAGUCAACGGAUUUGGACGUAUCGGACGUCUGGUGACCCGUGCCGCCUUCCACUCCAAGAAGGUGGAGAUUGUCGCCAUCAAUGACCCCUUCAUUGAUCUGGACUACAUGGUGUACAUGUUCAAGUAUGACUCCACCCACGGGAGGUACCACGGUGAGGUCAAGGCUGAGGGCGGCCAUCUGGUGAUUGACGGCCAUAAGAUCACAGUCUUCCACGAGAGAGACCCCCACAACAUCAAAUGGGCUGACGCUCACGCUGACUACGUCGUGGAGUCCACUGGCGUCUUCACCACCAUCGAGAAGGCCUCUUCUCACCUGAAGGGCGGUGCCAAGAGGGUCAUCAUCUCCGCCCCCAGCGCCGAUGCCCCCAUGUUUGUGAUGGGCGUUAACCAUGAGAAAUAUGAGAACUCCCUGAAAGUCGUCAGCAAUGCCUCUUGCACAACCAACUGCCUGGCUCCUCUGGCCAAGGUCAUCAAUGACAACUUCCACAUUAUUGAGGGUCUGAUGAGCACUGUUCACGCCAUCACAGCCACCCAGAAGACUGUUGAUGGGCCCUCUGGUAAGCUGUGGAGAGAUGGGCGUGGUGCCAGCCAGAACAUCAUCCCUGCUUCCACUGGCGCUGCCAAGGCUGUGGGCAAAGUCAUUCCUGAACUCAACGGCAAACUGACUGGCAUGGCCUUCCGUGUGCCCACUCCCAAUGUGUCUGUGGUUGAUCUGACCGUCCGUCUGGAGAAGCCCGCCAAAUAUGACGACAUCAAGAAGGUGGUGAAGGCCGCUUCCGAGGGUCCCAUGAAGGGCAUUCUGGGAUAUACAGAGCACCAGGUGGUGUCUACAGACUUCAACGGCGACACCCACUCCUCCAUCUUUGAUGCCGGCGCUGGUAUUGCUCUCAACGAUCACUUUGUCAAACUGGUCUCAUGGUAUGACAAUGAGUUUGGUUACAGCAACCGUGUCAUCGACCUGAUGGCUCACAUGGCCACCAAGGAGUAAAAAAAAAAAAAAAAGUCAAAUGUCGCACUUUAGUCAGUCCCACCAUGCCACCAUUUUCUCCCAUCCGGAUGGACGACAGCAGAUCCACUUGCCUCUGAAGCAAAGGAAGUGAUGUCACGCUUAAAUGUGAAGACCAAUGAUGAUGUUUUUAUAUGCAGAUUGCCCUGUUCUGUUCUUGAGUGAGGUUUUGAAUGGAUUUUUUUGAGACUUCAGAAAAAUCACUGAGCACUCUGUCAGAUGAUAUCUGUGACAGAAUAAAAGUCCUCUGUUUGUGAGAAAAUCCCGA